AUGGAACCCGAUGAUGGCGUACCCAGUCAGGGCUUUCCAAUAUCAAGAGCAGCAGCCAAUCAAGAAGCAGAGCCUGCUAUUGAUGUCACAAACAGUCUGCAACCACAACCAGUCUCGAACGAGAUUACUGAACAGGAGGGUGGUGAAUUCAUCAUUGGGGCGACGGAGCAGGGAGAGCUAGAGUCGCAUCUUAUGCAGCAGGUCGACGAUGCUCUCAAGGAAAAGGAACUAGUCGCAGAAAAGAAACGUUUAACGAAAACACGUCAAGAACUAGCUACCUUGCAUACAAAGGCCGAUGACUUGAUUGCUAAGCUUGACAGAGGCAAACCCUCUGGAAGUUCAAAGUUGAAUGACAAGCUUAAAGAGAUUGAAGAUCGUAUUGAGAAACUCAAGACUGAUGAAAAGCAGAUUCGGAAACGGAUGGCUGACACUGCAUCACAAGGAGAAAUGCAAGAAACGGAACGUGAACGGUUGAUUCGUACAGGAAAAAUCACUCCGUUUUCAUCUAUAAGUGGCUUGGAAAAAACAGUCCGUCGCACCACUGAUAUACCUGAUAAACCAGUUACAGCAAAGAGACCGUUUACUGAUAAUUCACUUACAUCGUCACCGGCAAAUGCUACUGCUGCAGCUAAUGGUAAUGGUAGUAGCAGCCAACACGAUGAUCCUGUAUUCAGCGACAGUGACUCGGAUGAAGACGACAAGCAAAGGAAGAAAAAGAAGAGACGAGUCGCAAUAGAUAGUGAUGACGAAGAAUAUUCAGAUGAUAGAAAAUCUUCGCAUAGAAAACGAAAACGUGGCCGUAACGAUGACGAUGAUACUUACGAAGAUGGUGACCUCCCACUGAAAGAAGGAGACGAGGAGGAAGAAGAAGAAGAACAAGACGAAGUCGCUAAAUAUAGUGACUCUGAUAAACAAUCUGAAAACGAUGAAACAGAGCCCCGUAAACUCAAUGACCGAUACCUUGACGAUGGUGACGAAGCCGUAUAUCAGAAUCGAAUAAAGAGAUGGGCUCGUCGACGCAGAUUAGCUAGAUUCAAAAUACAACAAGGCGCAGCAUUUGAUCCUGAACUUGUUGAUGAUGCUGAUUUAGAAGAAGACGCAGAUCAAGAAGCGUUUCAGUCUUCUCCUUCUGCUGACGAUGUGUCAUAUGAUGGUGGUUAUCGGAUGGCUGGAGAAGUCUAUGAUGAGCUGUUUGAUUAUCAACGUACUUGUACAAAGUGGUUAUGGGAGUUGCAUUGUCAAGAAGCUGGUGGUAUCAUUGGUGAUGAAAUGGGGUUAGGAAAGACCUUUCAGAUUAUAGCCUUCUUAUCUGGUCUUCACUUCUCGCAGAAACUAGGUCUGCCAACUCUAGUCUUAUGUCCAGCCACUGUACUCAAACAAUGGGUGCAAGAGUUUCAUCGUUGGUGGCCACCAUUUCGUGUAAUGAUUUUGCACUCUUCUGGUACUGCUCUCACCAAAACUCGUCGUGGUGGCAGCACCUGGCAAGAAGAAAUAGAAGACGACGAUGAUUUCCUUGCCUCAGAUGAUGACGAUGAGGACGAUUUUGGUGAUAAUAGACGAAAAAGGAAGAAGAGUAAAACAAUUAAGAAGAAAUCAAAAGCUUCUAGUGGAGCUACUUCAGAGACGGAUGCUAGAGUAGCUGCUAUGGUGGAGACCGUUUGUGAAAAGGGUCACGUCAUCGUCACCACUUAUGAAGCUUUACGAGUGCAUCGUCGGCGCUUAUUGAAUGUAAAGUGGGGUUAUUGUGUAUUGGAUGAAGGCCACAAGAUUCGUAAUCCUGAUGCUGAUAUUACCGUGACUUGCAAGCAACUCAAGACAUCCCAUCGCAUCAUCCUGAGCGGUACUCCCAUCCAAAACAAUCUCGUCGAACUAUGGUCUCUAUUUGAUUUCGUCUAUCCAGGUCGUCUCGGCACUCUCCCAGUCUUCCAAGUCCAAUUUGGUGUACCCAUCAAAAUCGGUGGAUAUGCCAAUGCUUCCAAUAUGGCUGUUCAAGCAGCAUACAAGUGUGCUGUCGUCUUACGAGACCUGAUAUCGCCAUAUCUCCUACGGCGUAUGAAGGCUGAUGUAGCGUCAGAUUUGCCAACGAAAUCCGAACAAGUCUUGUUUUGUCGAAUGACGAAUUAUCAGAGGGAAGAGUAUCGACGCUUCCUGAACUCGAAAGACGUUCAUUCAAUUUUAGAAGGCAAAAGACAAGUGUUGUUUGGAAUUGAUAUAUUGAGAAAGAUUUGUAAUCAUCCUGAUUUGGUUGAGCGGGUCGCUAAUUCAGAAACCGAAGAGUAUGGUGAUUACAAUCGAUCUGGAAAGAUGAAGGUCAUCAAAGCCCUGCUAGAUACAUGGAAGCAACAGGGCCAUCGAGUAUUACUGUUUUGUCAGACUCGUCAAAUGCUGGACAUUUUAGAAAAGUUUGUUAUCUCCCAACAUUUGGUGUAUCGUCGUAUGGAUGGAGAUACAGCAGUCAAGAAUCGAAUUGCCAUGGUUGAUGAAUUUAAUGAGACGCCCUCUAUUUUUGUCUUUUUACUUACUACGAAAGUUGGUGGAUUGGGAAUUAAUCUUACGGGUGCUAAUCGAGUGAUUAUCUAUGACCCAGAUUGGAAUCCUUCUACUGAUGUACAAGCACGAGAACGUGCAUGGCGUCUAGGACAACGUAAAUCAGUCACCAUAUAUCGACUCAUGACAUCAGGAACAAUCGAGGAAAAGAUCUACCAUCGUCAAAUAUUCAAGCAAUUCUUGACCAACAAGAUUCUCAAAGAUCCUCGACAACGACGAUUCUUCAAAUCAACUGAUUUGCAUGAUUUGUUUACUCUUACUGGUCCAGAAGGAGGGAGUCAAAACGGUCAUGAAGAGACAGAAACUGGACAAUUAUUCCAGGAUAUGAAUGUCAAGGUUGAAUUGAAAGAUAAAGAUAGUAAAGCCAAUGGUAAUGGGCAGUCUGAUAGUAAGAGUAAUUCAAGGCCAUCAUCAGCACUUAGGCGCAGUAGCUCUAAUGUCGAUGCAGCUGAAGAAUCUAUACAGAACGAAAUCGGUCGUAUUAAUGAUAUUGAUAAAGCUGAAGCGUUCCAAGCACCUCCCGAUGGAUUUGGAAGUGCAUCAGGUGCCGAUCCGAAUGAAGAUACUACCAACGACUCAAAAACAAACGUCAAGAAAUACAACAAUGCAGGAGACGAUGAUCGAGUCUUGCAUGCCCUCUUAUCGAAUUCAGGAGUGCAUUCAGCACUUCGGCAUGAUGCUAUAGUUGAAGCAUCAAACCCGGAACGAGUAAUUGUUGAACGCCAAGCAACACAGAUUGCUAAUGAAGCUAUAGCAGCAUUAAAGAAAUCGACACGUAAAGUACGGAAGGCUCUUGUUGAUUCUGGUGGUACUGCUGUAACAUGGACUGGACGUCGCGGUAAUGCCGGUUUGCCGAUGAAGAAACAGACUGAUGGUGACGCUCCCGCUGCUGUGAUACCAAAGAAACGAUUCGGGCCUAAAGAUGGAGAGUCUGGUAAUAGUGCUGGUGAUAGUAGUAGUAAAGGCGUAUCUGGCGCUAAUGGUAUCAGUGGUACCAGUAAUGCUAGUGCUGUAAACGGAUCAUCAUCGGCACCCUUUUCAUCGUCGUCCAUAUUGGCUACAUUGCGAGCUCGAGCUACAGGCCCAGUAGCUCCUAGUGUGAUAUAUCAACUUGGUAGCACCUCGUCUAGUAGUAUGCAGGAAGAUAGCGACACAGGUCGUGAUUCGACUCCGAAUGAAGCAAAUGGUAGUAGCAGCAAUGCGGGGCCAUCACGUCCUCGAGACUCGUCAUCACCUGUAACAGUAAACGAAUCCACCGUACAGCUAGCACAAGAAAUCCAAACAUAUCUACUCGCGCAACCGGAACAUGUCUCGACAACCGGUAAUCUAGUGAGUGAGUUCAAAUCGAGGAUCAAGAACCAGAAGGAAGUGUUUAAGAAGCUCUUGAAGAAUUUAUGCGAUUUCAGUAAGAUGACUGGGAGUGGGAAUCGAGAGGUUGGGAUUUGGACGUUGAAGAGCGAGUUUAGUGGGGAGGAAUGGAAUCUUUGA